CAAGGUACCUACCCAACUGAGUCUGGAAGCACGGUCUUGUCUAAGGCGAGCAAGGUAAUCAAACCGAGGCCAGUCGCAAGUGACGGCACCUGCCCAGACAAAGCCAAAGCCAAGGGACACAGAAAGUUAGCCUGGUUAGCUACUAUCCGCACCUGCCCAAACUCUGUUGCUGUUUCUUUCCCAUCGUUUAAAACCUACUCUCUGCCUCGUCUUUCUCCUCUCUUCCUUCCUCGUUCCGUUUGCAUCAGAAGACCUCUUAACCCAAAGCAUAAGAAGGAUUUCAACCUCAAUUCUUCCACUUGCAAAAUCAACUUCUCGCAAAGCAUCGAUUCAUCAUCGUUCCACUUAUUGCACCGCCUUCAUCACGAUAAUCGUCUCACAAUAGAUCCACAAACAUUCUACCCAAACAUUAUUCACGAUGCGUUCAUCUUUUGCCCUCCUCGCCAUGGCCGUCUCGGCCGUCUCGGCCCAGUCUGUCAAGGACUACAAGAGUUCCCUUGACAUGACAAUUGACCCCAAUACUGUGGAUCUCGCUACCAGAUCUUCCUGGUGUGGUGCCCAGCAGAACACCUGUGAUGCUCUUUGCAAGGACGAUACCAACGAAAAUAAAUGUACCGAGAACGAUCUCAAGUGGGAAUGCACUUGCUCCUCUAACAGCUCGACCCCCGGUCUUCAGUACUACACCCAGACCAUGCCUACCUUCAUUUGCCAGGAGCUCUUCAGCCAGUGCAUUUCGCAGAACACUGGCAGCCAAUCUGGUCAGAGGGAAUGCACUUCCAAGAUCGACGACAAAUGCGCCAAGCAGAACCCCCCUAAGGACGUGGUCAGCGACGACAACGACGAUACUACCAGCACCGCUAGCGACACUGCUACUACAUCUGCCACUCGUGCCUCAUCGGCAGCUACUGGCACUGCCGAGUCCGUGACAUCGACGACAUCCGAUGGUUUCGCUGCCCCUACCAUGGCGCCAGCGGGCAGGGGUGCGGCCGCCGCUGUCGCUCUCGGCAUGCUUGCCUACCUCAUCUAAGUGUUGGAGGUUGAAGCAUGAGGUGCUGCUUCAGCAGUGCUACGGCAAUAUCCUGGCUCCCCAUCACGUGCCACCCUUGGCCGAUGAGUAACAGGUCAGAGCCUAUCCCGUGCGCCGUUCUUCACUUCUCUUGCCCAUUUUAUUAUACAAUACACCUUUUCGACGUGCAAUGCGAUACCUUUUGAUGAGUUUAAGACCCAACGAUGUAGCUUUGUUAAAGCUUGGACGAGGUAAUGACACGCUUCGGCGUACCGACUGGCGGAUUGAAGGACCGGGGGUGUUGUGCGCCUUUCAUGGGGACGACGGAGAGAUGCACUGGUGAGGGUGGCGAUUAUUUGUUUAUGCUUUGCAAUUCAAUACGUUCAUAGCAAGAGGCGAAAGGAGUAGGAAAACUCGAUCACUUUGAAGAAGACAAAGAAACAAUGGCUUGACCUUCACCCUUUUGAAAAACCUUUGGACUAUG